GUGGUAUCCUUGAGGACACACCCCUCCUUAGAAUUAAGCUUUUCUUGAGACUUCGCUCAGAGAAGCAGGAAUUUUACCAUAUGCAUCCACUGAAAGCUCACUGUCCUGGAGACCAUGACUGAGGAAACAGCCAGAGGGGCCCCUGCUGGAGAGUCUGGUCCGGACAAACAGGCUCCAGAGGAAGGGGCUCAGCAGAGGGAGAAAUGGGCCAACAAGACGGAAUUCAUUUUCGCCAUGGCUGGAGAAAUAAUUGGCCUUGGAAACAUUUGGCGUUUCCCUUAUCUGUGCUACAAGAAUGGAGGAGGUGUCUUCCUCAUCCCGUACUGUGUGUUCCUCUUUUUUUGCGGCAUCCCUGUGUUUUUCCUGGAGACGGCGUUGGGCCAGUACACCAGCGAGGGCGGGGUCACUGCUUGGAGGAAGAUUUGCCCCAUGUUUGAGGGAGUGGGAAUUGCAUCCCAAGUGAUUGUGACCUAUCUCAACAUUUACUACAUUGUUGUUCUGGCCUGGGGUAUCUUCUACCUCAUUAACUCCUUCAAAAGCCCUCUGCCCUGGUCUACGUGUGACAACUAUUGGAACACUGAACAGUGUCACAGUUCAGCUAGCGUGUUCACCAACCCUGACCUGUACCGUCCCAACUUCAACUGGUCGUUCCUCAACAACGUCACCUCACCUGACUACUUCGACGAGGACGACACUUACCUCAAUAACACAUUCAUGAUGGGCCACUCACCGGAAGAGGAGUUCUGGAGGCAUCGUGUUUUGAGAAUGUCAAAUGAUAUGUCCUUGACCAAAGUGCACUGGGACCUGGCUCUGUGUCUCCUGCUAGCCUGGGUUAUAUGUUACUUCUGCAUCUGGAAGGGAAUCAAAUGCACUGGAAAGGUUGUCUAUUUCACCGCUUCCUUCCCAUAUCUGAUGCUGUUGCUCCUCUUCUUCCGCGGAGUGACGCUGCCAGGAGCCGGAGACGGCCUGAGCUAUUACCUCAAACCCGACUUCAACAAGAUCGCUGAUCCUUAUGUGUGGAGUGAUGCAGGGACUCAGGUGUUCUACUCCUACGCUGUGUGUCAGGGAGUGCUGACGGCUCUGGGCAGCUACAAUAAAUACAACAACAACUGCUACAGGGACUGCUUGGUGCUGUGUUGCCUGAACAGCGCCACCAGCAUCUUCGCCGGCUUCGUCGUGUUCUCAGUGUUGGGAUUCAUGGCUUCAAACCUCGGCGUUCCUGUAGAGGCAUUCGCUGCCUCCGGUCCUGGUUUAGCCUUCAUAGUCUAUCCUCAGGCGCUGUCGUUGCUUCCUGCCCCGUCCUUCUGGGCUGUGCUCUUCUUCCUCAUGAUCCUCUUCCUGGGCCUAGACACUCAGUUUGUGUGUGUGGAGAGUCUGGCCACAGCCAUCACAGACAUGUUCCCACGUCGGCUGAGGAGGCGGGGCGCCAGAGAGAUACUGGUCCUGGUCAUCGCUGUCGUUUGCUUCCUGCUAGGGCUGCUAUUCGUGACUGAAGGAGGGAUAGGCCUCUUCCACGUGGUUGACACCUAUGGUCCCAGUGGAACCAGUCUCCUCAUCAUUGCCUGUGCAGAGUGCAUCAUUAUCGGCUGGAUUUAUGGUGCGGACCGCUUCUAUCACAACAUUGAGGACAUGAUCGGGUACCUCCCAAUCCCGGUGCUGAAGUACUGCUGGCUGUUUGUCACGCCGCUCAUCUGCGGGCUUACAGUGCUGUUUAACCUGUCAACAGUGAGGUCAGUCUAUAUCCGCGGUUAUAUACCUGGAUCCUUGGUCUCCAUAGUGGGCUUCCUACUUGUCGCCACGCCUCUGAUCUGCAUCCCAGUAUACAUUCUGGUCUCACUGUGCAGGGAUGGCGACAACAUGACCACACCUUCCAGACACCUGCGUCAGGCCAAACCACACAAGCCGGUGCUCACGUUGUGUAAAUUCGUCAUCUUCAAGGCACAGGGGCCGCCGAACCGGAGCGCUGCUGACAGAAACGAGAAGAUGAUGAUGGAGGAACCCAGUGGGGUUUGAUAUUUGCUGAUAGCAUCUUUAAAUCUGUAGAUACCUGUAAGACAAAACAUCUUUUUUUUUUUUUUUAAAAGAAUUCAUAUUCAACUUUUUUAAAGUGUUUACACAUUUCAUGAGUCUUCAGGGAGAUUUGUUUAUGCGUUUUGCUCGUACAUUAAUCUUUGCCUUACUACCUUUUUACUUAUGAAUGACAAUGUAAACGUCCUGGUAUGGUACAUUUACUUUUAUACCUUUAUCCCUGCAUACAGUAACUGCCUUUAAAUAGCACUCCAUUAUUUUCAAAUAGGGGUGCUGAGUAGGAGUGGGUGAAUCGAGGUGGGCGUUGGGUUAGGUCUAACAGUUGUUGGUACGCCCACUGGUUGGGGAAUGCCCAAUUUGUGUUCUGCAGAGACUCCUCACUCAUUAAUCUAGCAUUGCACCCCUGUACCAUUUAUGAACACAUAAUUGAUGGUAUAACUAACAUUUGACUUAAAUAUAUUAUCUUUCUUAUGCAUUCUUGGUUCUACAUUACCCACAAUCAAGUGACAUCACUUAAGACAGUUUAUUAGACUUACAGGAAGUCCAGUCCUUGUUACCCCCCUUGGUCCUACCACUUGUACCUUAUCCCUACUUGGAGAGCUACAUGACCACUGCCCUAUAAUCCCUGCAGGAAACAAUAUCCCCGACCCUAUGUGGGACCGAUUAGAGGUAGGGCCAAGGUGGGGAAUUGAGACUGAGCCUUAACUCAUGUGCAACAGCUGCAAGAAAAAUCAGUGCCUUUACCCUUUAAAGCAACAUACAUCAUGCUUCUUGCAUUUGCCACAUUUUAGUUGUGACCAAGUUUGCGUAGCUUUUCCUAAAGACCGCCUCAGUGUACAUUAUGUGUUUAACCUCGUUAACAUGUCCAUAUGGUGUUUUUUUACAUGCUGGAAGACAUGUCAUGAGCACAGUAAGCAUGUCUGAACAUUCCCACCUUAAAAACUGCAGGGUACCAAUGAGUCUCAAAAACAUAAAUUCAGACUACAAAGGUUUCAUAUAUAACAAACCAAACCCCGUCAACUUGCAGUGUGGGGCUUUCUGUAUCAUUGUUCUUCUUCAGACUCCAGUUUGACCAUGUAUACCUGCAUUACUCCAAUAUUUCAAUUUGCCAUUGUGUGGUGUUGAGAAAGUUUGAGCAGAAUCAUAGGUGAGCUGGUGUGCUCAAGCUGCAGCUUGGAGAGACAAGCAGAGACUUUAUCGACAUUUUAGAGGAAGCAAUGAUAUCGUGUUACAUCUAAGCCACUUUUUUUUUUUUUUUUUUAAAGGCAGGAAGGUAUUACUUUUAUGGAAAAACCUCUUAAUAUUCAACUCUGAUACACAGAUGAGUUUUUAAGGCUUUCAUCAACAACUACAGAGGGACUUUGAUUUUACUGGAGAAGCCACGCUUAAUCAAAUGCACCAUGCAAGACAAGCUGUCACAUCCGGUAAUGUUCAUGUCAGUUAAUGCCAAAUAUAAAUAAGAGUUGAUGAAUUCUGUUAUGUUCCUGGAAGGAUGCCGUCAUGGAUUUUAAAGGUUUGUAAACGCGGAAGUCAAGCCAAUUGAAUGGUUGUAAUCAAUUCAAACAGGUCUGUGUGUUUUCUUCAUUUAUUAUGUAUGUUUGUAUCUUGUGUGGACAAAUGUGAUCCACGUUUCAGUAAAAGUAUCAGUAUGUCCCAAUA